CUUGGCAGGAUUCCAGCCCGGAGCAGGCUGGACCAUGGGCUCUGCUCAAGGGUGAAGUGUUCUCCACAAGACUCCUUGAGUGCCCCCACCCCUUGGGCAACUUUCAGGGCUGCGUCUGUCCCCUCCCUCCCUCUUCCUCCGGAGGUCCCUCGGCCUGUUCCAGCCGUGGCUUGUACACAUUUUCCGAUUUCCUGUUAACCUCCGCCCAGCAGCGGCUGCUGGGUGACUCAGGACCCCGGUGCCGGGCCCCCAGCUCCAUGGGAUCUUUGUUUGCUCAGGCCUUUGGCUCUGGCCCUCUGGCCUGGGGCCCUCAAAGGAUUUCCUGAGCCCCACCCCUGCCCUCUGACAGACGGGCCAGCGGGCCAGCGCAGGCCUGGGGUGGGGGGGUCCCUGAGGCUGGGGUAGUCACCCCUUCCACUGGGCUCAGGAGAUGGAGAGCCGACAGCCGGGGGCGGGCCAGCGGCCCCCAGGGGAUGAGAAAGAGGCGAUCCGCCGGGCCAUCCAGAAGGAGCUGAAGAUCAAGGAGGGUGUGGAGAACCUGCGGCGGGUGGCCACAGACCGCCGCCACCUGGGCCACGUGCAGCAGCUGCUGCGGUCCUCCAACCGCCGUCUGGAGCAGCUGCACGGGGAGCUGCGGGAGCUGCACGCCCGCAUCCUGCUGCCCGGCCCCGGGCCUGGCCUGGCUGAACCCGCGGCCUCGGAACCUCGGCCGCUGGCAGAACAGUCAAGGGCCCGGCACCUGGAGGCUCUACAGAGGCAACUGCAGGUAGAACUGAAGGUCAAGCAGGGGGCCGAGAACAUGACCCACACGUACGCCAGUGGCACUCCCAAGGAGAGAAAGCUUCUGGCAGCUGCCCAGCAGAUGCUCCAGGACAGCCAGCUGAAGGUGGCCCUGCUGCGAAUGAAAAUCAGCAGCCUGGAGGCCAGCGGGUCCCCUGAGCCAGGUCCCGAGCUGCUGGUCGAGGAGCUGCGGCACCGGCUACGCAUCGAGACUGCUGUGGCCGAGGGUGCCAAGAACGUGGUGAAGCUGCUCGGUAGCCGGCGAACGCAGGACCGCAAGGUGCUGGCCGAGGCUCAGGCGCAGCUCCAGGAGUCCUCCCAGAAACUGGACCUCCUGCGGCUGGCCUUGGAGCAGCUGCUGGAGGGACUGCCUCCUGCCCACCCUCUGCGUGGCAGGGUGGCCCGGGAGCUACGGACUGCUGUGUCUGGGAGCCCCCAGCCUUCAGGGACACUCGUGAAGCCCACCGCCAUGACAGGGACGCUGCAGGUCCGCCUCCUGGGCUGUGAGCAGCUGCUGACAGCUGUGCCUGGACGUUCCCCAGCGGCCGCGCUGGCCGGGAGCCCCUCCCAGGGCUGGCUUCGGAGCAGAGCCAAGCAGCAGCGUGGUGGAGGCGAGCUGGCCAGUGAGGUGCUGGCUGUGCUGAAGGUGGACAAUCGUGUCGUGGGCCAGACGGGCUGGGGGCCUGUGGCCAAGCAGUCCUGGGACCAGACCUUUGUCGUCCCCCUGGAGCGGGCCCGAGAGCUGGAGAUUGGGGUGCACUGGCGGGACUGGCGGCAGCUCUGCGGUGUGGCCUUCCUGAGGCUGGAGGACUUCCUGGACAAUGCCUGUCACCAGCUCUCCCUCAGCCUGGUGCCACAGGGCCGGCUCUUCGCCCAGGUGACCUUCUGUGACCCUGUCAUUGAGAGGAGGCCCCGCCUGCAGAGGCAGAAACGCAUUUUCUCGAAACGCAGAGGUCAGGACUUCCUGAGGGCUUCCCAGAUGAACCUCAGCAUGGCGGCCUGGGGGCGCUUGGUCAUGAGUCUGCUGCCCCCCUGCAGCUCCCCGAGCACCCUCAGCCCCCCGAAAGGGUGCUCCCAGACCCCAGCCACACCCCGGGGGGCGGCUGACCCUGCCUCGCCCAGUAACUUCCCACCCAAGAAGACCCCCUUGCGAGAAGAGAUCCAACCCCCACCCAAGCCCCCGCGCCUCUACCUGCCCCAGGAGCCGACCCCUGAGGAGAUGCCGCGCACCAAACGCCCCCACAUGGAGCCCAGGACUCGACUCGAGCCGUCUCUGCCAGCCUCAGCCACCAGGAAACCCCCCCGGCUUCAGGACUUCCGCUGCUUGGCCGUGCUGGGCCGGGGCCACUUCGGGAAGGUGCUCCUGGUCCAGUUCAAGGGGACAGGGCAGUACUGUGCCGUCAAAGCGCUGAAGAAGCAGGAGGUGCUGAGCCGGGAUGAGAUAGAGAGCCUGUACUGCGAGAAGCGAAUCCUGGAGGCUGUGGGCCGCACGGGGCACCCCUUCCUGCUCUCCCUCCUUGCCUGCUUCCAGACCUCCAGCCACGCCUGCUUCGUGACUGAGUUUGCGCCCGGUGGCGACCUCAUGAUGCAGAUCCACGAGGACGUCUUCCCUGAGCCCCAGGCCCGGUUCUAUCUGGCCUGUGUGGUCCUGGGGCUGCAGUUCUUACACGAGCAGAAGAUCAUUUACAGAGACCUUAAGUUGGAUAACCUUCUGCUGGAUGCCCAGGGUUUCCUGAAGAUCGCAGACUUUGGGCUCUGUAAGGAAGGGAUCGGCUUUGGGGACCGGACGAGCACCUUCUGUGGCACCCCGGAGUUCCUGGCCCCGGAGGUGCUGACCCAGGAGGCCUACACGCGGGCGGUGGACUGGUGGGGGCUGGGCGUGCUGCUCUACGAGAUGCUGGUGGGCGAGUGUCCGUUUCCAGGAGACACUGAGGAGGAGGUGUUCGACUGCAUUGUCAACGCGGAAGCCCCAUACCCCCGCUUUCUGUCGGUGCAAGGGCUCGAGCUCAUUCAGAAGCUCCUCCAGAAGUGCCCCGAGGAGCGCCUGGGGGCGGGCGAGCGGGAUGCCGAGGAGAUCAAGACACAGCCUUUCUUCAGGACCACCGACUGGCAGGCCCUGCUCGCCCGUGCCGUCCGGCCCCCCUUCGUGCCCGCCCUCUGCGGCCCCACCGACCUGCGCUACUUCGAGGGCGAGUUCACGGGGCUGCCGCCCGCUCUGACCCCGCCCGACCCCCGCAGCCCCCUCACCGCCCGCCAACAGGCCGCCUUCCGGGACUUCGACUUUGUGUCUGAGAGGUUCCUGGCGCCCUGAGGGCCUCCCGGCCUCUCCACCCCGUGCCCCCGCAGGCGGUUAGAGCCUCGGCCUGCCCACCUGUCUGCCCACCUGGGCGCCCUGGUAUUGAUGAGCCCUUGGGACUCAAGGUGGCAGCCACGGGCUGCUGUCACGGGCUUCGCUCAGUCACCGGGCAGAGUGCCGCCCGCCCCCUUCUCCUGACCACCUGUCCCCUGCCCCCUGCGAGACCUGGACCAGAAAGGGUGGCACGGCAAGGAGUGGUUGGUUUUUUUUUUUUAAUACUUGACUUGCAUUAUGGAUGAUUAAAUUUAUAAAACUGUG